AUGCCGGGAUACGCCAAAUUCAUGAAAGAACUGGUUACAAAGAAAAUGAGCUUAGACUAUGAAACAAUUGAGGUGCCCCAUAGUUGCAGUCCAAUUAUGGCAAAUGAUUCAAUCAUGAAGAGAGAAUAUCCUGGAGCAUUCACAAUCCCUUGCACAAUUGGCAUGCUCCAAUUCGCUAAAGCCUUGUGCGAUUUAGGAGUAAGCAUCAACUUGAUGCCCUAUGCAAUAUACAAGCAACUUGGUUUGGCUGAUUUUGUGAUCCUAGAUUGUGAGAUCGAUGCUGAAAUACCCAUUAUUUUGGGAAGGCCAUUCUUGGCCAACGGGAGAACAUUUGUGGAUAUUAAAAGCAGGAAAUUGAAGUUGUGUGUUAAUGAUGAUGAGGUGACCUUCAAUAUCUGUAAAUCCAUGAAGCAACCAACUAAUAUCCAUGUGGAGUCUACUGAGGAUAUGAUAGAUGAAGCAGUGGCAAGUGUGAGUUAUUUAAUGCACAAGAAUGAACCCCUUGAAUAUGUACUUGCCAAUUGUGAUGAAUCCGAAGUUCAGGGUUAUGAGGAAGUGGUAGGUGCUUUAUCAAGAUUAGGAACAUAUUCAAGAAAUCCUAUUAAGUUGGAUAUUGACCUGAAAAACAGACAAAGUCCCCCUGCAAAGCCAUCAACAGAAGAACCACCAAAUCUGGAGUUAAAAGCCCUACCCUCUCAUCUCAAAUAUGCCUUUUUAGGGGCCAAUAAUACUUUACCAAUCUGCUUGAAAGGGAGGUGA